AUGAAUGAGCACGAUCAGCUCACGCAGCCGGCUCGCCCGUCGGGUUCCCAGAGCACCCAUAGCACCCACGGCGCCCCGGGCGUUCAAGCCAGCCAGGGCACACAGGUCCAAGGUUCCCAAGGCUCGUCCACAGACCUCCAUGGCCUCGACAGCUGGCUCACUGAUCGCAUUGUCACCCUCACGGUCGGCGCCGAGGAGAAGCGCUGGGUUGUUCAUGAGAAGCUGCUCAUCAGCCAGUCCGAGUUCUUCAGGGACUAUUUCGCCGAGGGCGAUGAUGAGAUGAAGCUGCCGGAUGACGACCCGAGGCUCUUUGCCCUGUUUAUCCGCUGGCUUUACGGCACGGCCUUCCUGCCCUCCGGUGGUGCCCGCAACUUUCGUUUCCUUGCGCCCGAUGGCACUAACCUGACCGUCCGUGACUAUCUCGGCGUCUACGUCAUGGGUGGUAAGUUUGGCAUCCUCGGCGUGCGCAACGCCGUGCUCGACGUGCUCUACAUCUACUUCGGCGAGGCCUCUGACGACCACUGGGCGCCCAACAUGGCCGAUGUCACCUACAUCUUCGACCACACGGGCCCCAAUGCGCCGAUGCGGCGCUUCCUGACUGCCCACUCGCUGUUCUUCCUGUUCAGCAAGAACCGCCGCGGCCAGCCUCUGCCGCAGGACUGGAACACCGUGCUCAACGAGUACCCGCAGGUCGGCUUCGAGAUGAUCACCAUGCUUUCCGAGUGGAACUGGACCAUGGGCUACAACUCACCGCGCAUGACCAUCAAGCCGCGCCACGAGUUCCAUGAGCGCCCCAGCGUGCCCAAGGUCAAGCAGGAGGAUGAGGCUGGUGGCGCGACCGGCCGUUAA